GUCCUGCUCUGAGCUGGACAGCACCUCCUUCCUCUGUGCCAGGACACUGUUGGACAGGCAGCGGCCAAGGCACCAACAUGAACGACAUCUACAAGGCAGCGGUUGAGCAACUGACAGAUGAGCAGAAAAAUGAGUUCAAGGCUGCCUUUGACAUCUUCGUCCAAGAUGCAGAAGACGGCUGCAUCAGCACCAAGGAGCUGGGGAAGGUGAUGAGGAUGCUAGGCCAGAACCCCACCCCAGAGGAGCUGCAGGAGAUGAUUGAUGAGGUGGAUGAAGAUGGGAGCGGGACAGUGGACUUUGACGAGUUCCUGGUCAUGAUGGUGAAGUGCAUGAAGGACGACAGCAAGGGGAAGUCGGAGGAGGAGCUGGCAGAGCUGUUCCGCAUGUUCGACAAGAAUGCAGAUGGCUACAUUGACCUGGAUGAGCUCAAAGUGAUGCUGGAAUCUACAGGAGAAGCAAUUACUGAGGAUGACAUCGAGGAGCUGAUGAAGGAUGGGGACAAGAACAAUGAUGGCAAAAUUGACUACGAUGAGUUCUUGGAGUUCAUGAAAGGAGUGGAGUAAUCCUGAACAAGAAAAGACCGACGUUCCUGAUCCCUUAGUGUUAUUUUUGUAUUUUGAUUUAACUCCAUGGUCAUCUGUGGAGAACUGGAAGCUGAUGUAGGAUGCCACUGACAGAGCCUUCAAACGACUUUGCAAGAUCUUGCUGAACAUGUCCGUAUUUUUCUACCAUCUCUUGCAUUGUUGUAAAUACAGUUUGUAACUAAUUUUGGUGUCCAUGUAUACUGGAAUUUCUGUAAAUGUAAUCAAAUUACUUAUAUUUUCUAUAAACUAUAUCGGUUUGGCUACUUGAAAUAUCAGUUUUGUGUGUAUUUCAAAUUAAACCUCAUGUUUGAAGUGCCACAGCCAGUUUACAAAUCUUCUUACUGAGAGGCUGAUAUUGUUUAUCUGGGCAGAAAAUAUAUUUGUGCACGUAGCAGAAAAUAUCCAUGAGUCAACAUAGUUUUAUAUGAAGCUCUGGUAGACUAAUCAUACAUUUAGAGGCAAUGUACUGAAUCCAGUGUGUAUAUGUGCACGUUGUAUGUGUGUCUGUAUGUUUCAGAUACCCUCAGGACUAUUCCCUUAUUAUCCCCCUGGACAGCCUGCAGAACAUCAAAAAGUCUGCAUCGAAU